AAGUGCGUGUUGUGCAGGCCGCGGGCUGCUGAGCGCGGGGGCGAGGCCGGGCCGCCAGCAUGUCCAUAGAGAUAGAGUCGGCGGAUGUUAUUCGCCUGAUCAUGCAAUACCUGAAGGAGAAUAAUUUGCAUCGCACGUUAGCAACUUUACAGGAAGAGACCACAGUCUCCCUGAAUACUGUGGACAGUAUAGAGAGCUUUGUGGCCGAUAUAAACAGCGGUCACUGGGACACGGUAUUGCAGGCUAUACAGUCGCUGAAGCUGCCGGAUAAAACUCUCAUUGAUUUGUACGAACAGGUGGUUUUGGAGCUGAUCGAAUUGCGUGAGUUGGGUGCUGCCAGGUCUCUGCUGCGACAGACUGACCCCAUGAUUAUGUUAAAACAAACCCAACCAGAGAGAUACAUUCACCUCGAGAAUCUUCUCGCCCGGUCUUACUUUGAUCCACGUGAGGCUUACCCAGAUGGCAGCAGUAAAGAGAAGCGAAGAGCGGCCAUUGCUCAGGCAUUGGCAGGAGAAGUCAGUGUAGUACCUCCCUCACGUCUCAUGGCUUUGUUAGGACAGGCACUGAAAUGGCAGCAGCAUCAAGGUUUACUGCCUCCAGGUAUGACCAUUGAUUUAUUCAGAGGCAAAGCAGCUGUGAAGGAUGUGGAAGAGGAGAAGUUCCCCACUCAGCUCAGCAGACAUAUUAAGUUUGGUCAGAAGUCCCACGUGGAGUGUGCUCGGUUUUCUCCAGAUGGCCAGUAUCUGGUUACAGGCUCUGUGGAUGGCUUUAUUGAAGUGUGGAACUUCACGACUGGCAAAAUCAGAAAAGAUCUCAAAUACCAAGCUCAGGACAACUUCAUGAUGAUGGACGACGCAGUUCUUUGCAUGUGUUUCAGUCGUGACACUGAAAUGUUGGCUACAGGAGCCCAGGAUGGAAAAAUUAAGGUGUGGAAGAUUCAGAGUGGCCAGUGUCUACGCCGUUUUGAGCGUGCUCACAGUAAGGGUGUCACCUGCCUUAGUUUCUCCAAAGAUAGUAGCCAGAUACUCAGUGCAUCUUUUGACCAGACUAUCAGGAUUCAUGGUCUGAAGUCUGGGAAAACUCUUAAGGAAUUCCGAGGUCAUACAUCAUUUGUCAAUGAAGUGACUUUCACCCAAGAUGGACACUACAUCCUGAGUGCAUCAUCUGACGGCAGUGUAAAGAUCUGGAACGUAAAAACAACAGAAUGUGCAAAUACUUUCAAGUCAUUGGGGAGCACUGCAGGGACUGACAUCACCGUGAACAGUGUCCACCUUCUGCCGAAGAACCCUGAGCAUUUUGUAGUAUGUAACCGGUCCAAUACAGUAGUCAUCAUGAACAUGCAGGGGCAGAUUGUGAGGAGCUUCAGUUCUGGUAAAAGGGAAGGUGGUGAUUUUGUUUGCUGCUGUCUCUCUCCACGUGGUGAAUGGAUCCACUGUGUUGGUGAAGAUUUUGUGCUAUAUUGCUUCAGUACAGUGACUGGCAAGCUGGAAAGAACAUUGACGGUACAUGAAAAAGAUGUCAUUGGUAUUGCUCAUCAUCCACAUCAGAAUCUGAUUGGAACAUACAGUGAGGAUGGACUUCUUAAACUUUGGAAACCUUAAGAGGAUCGAUGAGCUGUUUCUUCCUGAAAUGGCUGACACCUUGUAACUGUACAUGGUUACAGCUUUGACACAAGUAAAACUUGCAAUGAAACUGCAAACCAUUUUGUUUCAAAAGGUUCGCAAACUUCAGAUGUUAAUCCAUUUUAUAUGCAUUUGACCCAACUUGUAUGCACUAAUCAUACCAGAUUGUGUAGCAAUGAUUAAUUUGAUUGAUGUGGCAAAAAUCAAAAUCUUUCUGCCUUUGUGGCAGGUUUUGAAAGAUCAUCGCUGAAAGGUUUUAUUCUCCUCAUUUGUCGUCCUAGUGUUUGUUUCAAAAUGUUUCAUAAAACUUUUCUUGCCUUAAGGUAGGGAUAUAAUUUGCAAGUGUCAUUCUGAAUAAAUUGAUUUCUUUCC